CGCAGAUGUAUCCAAGGGCUAUACAACUCGGCAUCAAUGCUGGCACGCUGAAGACUGCGGCAUUGUGGUACUCGCCUACGCCACCAACUUACGAAACGUUGCGUUUCAGAUAAAGUUAUUAAGGGUGAUACCCUCCCUUGUUGCUCACAGCAAAAGAUGCUCCCAUGGUGUUUGCGAUUUCCACCGACGAAACAACCCACUCUCUCUUUCAACGGAGGCGAUGACCAGAAUUAAACACUCGCUUCAUGCAACCAUCACCUCAUCAUGAUUCAGGUCAUAGCGGAGCAAGAUCAGCAGCAGGACCUUCUUCUUCUUCUUCUUCUUCGUCGUCGUCGUCUUUUUCUUCCUUGGGUUUGUCCUUGCCUCCCAACAUUGCCAGCAACGGCCAGCAAAACAACCAGCACCACGGCAACAACGGCCAUGCGUUGAAAGUCAACGAAAAUACUGCCAGUGCCAAUGGCACUAAUACUGCAGCAACAGCAUUUCGUCCACCACCACCACCCAUUUCUACGUCUGCAAAUAAGCAGCAGCAGCAUUCGCGCACGUCAAGUUCAGGACAGAACCAGGGCCACAGCCGACAUACUCCGAAUGGCUACUCCCAAACUACUGGACCCGAAAAGGGAGCACCGGGUUCUGCGACGAGCAUGGGGGAAGGGAUUGCGAACCAGUUCAUGAAGGAAGAUAUUGAGAACUGGGUCAUGGCAUUGGGUCUCUCGCCCGACCUCCCUAUACAUGUUAUCGGGUUCUUUGGACAUGCUAGAGAUCUCUCUCUAUUUGGAGACACCUCCCCGGUUACGGAUCCGAACGAGGAAAUCGGUAUAUUUGAUGAUGUGGAUAACAACAUACUGAACGAGAAAAACCUGGAGCGCGAUGUCAAAAGGCAACGCGGAGGAUUGCCUCUGGGUCUCAAUGAUCUCAGCACGGCGAUAUCCGCAUGUAUGUCAAUCGGUCGAAGAAUACAUUGAUGCUUCAGCAUGCGUACUUGUUUGACACACAGGAGAUGCUUUCGAUCUGUAUGGAGUCUGUCGAGGUCAUUAAAAAGGACCGAGCAUCUCUAAUGAAGUGGAUGCACGACCAAGAAUUCGAAAAUCAUCGAGCGCUUUUGUUCCUGUUCCUAGUCUCGCAAGUUGUUGUGGUAAUCAUCUCAACAGUGAAUGCCCGUGCUGAACAAAGACGUUUUGAGGCCCCCCUUUCGAUCGACCAUAUUCCUGACUAUUACGGGGUUACCACACUCAUACGCGCGCCUCUCUUUAUUUUAGCAUACGUUGACAGAUAUGAAUAUUGAUCCGCAUUUGGCUUCGCUCCUAUUGGCACUAUCGACCGUCAAGCGA